AUGCUUCUCACAAGCUGCUGUCUCAUCUCACGUGUUCAGAACGUGACGGUACAUCUUGCAUGUAACCACAACGUUACACCCUGCACGUACGCCGACUUUAAUCCCUCCAUGUACCCCGACGUUACACCCUCCAUGUACCAAGACGUUACACCCUGCAUCUACCCCGACGUUACAACCAGCAUGUACCCCGACGUUACAACCAGCAUGUACGCCGACGUUACACCCUCCAUGUACACCGAUGUUACAACCAGCAUGUACGCCGACGUUACACCUUCCAUGUACCCCGAUGUUAUACCCUCCAUGUACCCCGACGUUACAUCCAGCAUGUACGCCGAAGUUACACCUUGCAUCUACCCCGACGUUACAACCAGCAUGUACGCCGACGUUACACCCUCCAUGUACCCCGAUGUUACACCCUCCAUGUACCCCCACGUUACACCCUCCAUGUACCCCGACGUUGCACGCCGCAUGUACCCCGACGUUAUACCCUCCAUGUACCCCGAUGUUACACCCUCCAUGUACCCCCACGUUACACCUUCCAUGUACCCCGAUGUUAUACCCUCCAUGUACCCCGACGUUACAUCCAGCAUGUACGCCGAAGUUACACUCUGA